CCAAAAGUAAAGAGCGAAAGGUAGGCAGGCGCAGGAGAAUCGGCAGUUCAGCAUCGCUUUGCAGCCUUCCUAUCCUCGUCGACCUUUCGCUCCCAAAAGGAGCACUUGAAAACCCCGUCUGCUCUCUCAAACCAUCUCGUCGAUCUCCCACCACACCACCUCGACGGCUCGACGUCGUCGUCCAAACGAACACAGAAAGAAAUACAGGAGCAGACAAGGCAAAACAGAAAGCAAUGGGCAACUGCUUCACCAAGAGUGACGAGGUCGAGAUGCCCAUCACCACGGAGCCGAGGCAGCGGCCGGCGCCGUCGUACGGCUACCAGCCGCCCCCCGAGCGCAGGCCGUCCUUCCGGACGAAGCCGCAGGCCUUACCCUCGGGGAGUGGGAGGGGGUCGCUGUCCCGGCGGGCGCCCGCCGGCGAGGUGGGCCCGGUGUUGCAGCGGCCCAUGGUGGACGUGCUGUCGCUGUUCGACCUGGAGCGGGAGCUGGGGAAAGGGCAGUUCGGGACGACGUACCUGUGCAAGGAGCGCGCGACGGGGCUCAAGUACGCGUGCAAGUCCGUGUCCAAGCGCAAGCUGGUGCGCCUUGCCGACGUGGAGGAUAUACGCCGGGAGAUCACCAUCCUUCAGCACCUCAGCGGGCAGCCCAACGUCGCGGAGUUCAAGGGCGCUUUCGAGGACGUCGAGAGCGUGCACCUCGUCAUGGAGUUCUGCUCCGGCGGGGAGCUCUUCGACCGCAUCACGGCCAAGGGAAGCUACUCGGAGCGCCAGGCCGCGGCCGUGUGCCGAGACAUCCUUACCGUCGUGCACGUCUGCCACUUCAUGGGGGUCAUGCACCGGGACCUCAAGCCGGAGAACUUCCUGCUCGCCAGCGCCGCCGAGGACGCGCCACUCAAGGCCAUCGACUUCGGCCUCUCCGUCUUCAUCGAAGAAGGUAAAGUUUACAAGGAGAUUGUGGGAACCCCAUACUAUGUGGCGCCAGAGGUACUACAUCGGAAUUAUGGGAAAGAAAUUGAUGUCUGGAGCGCUGGAGUGAUUUUGUAUAUUCUUCUAUGCGGGUCACCGCCUUUCUGGGCAGGUAAAUAUCCUCACAUCUUCAUCAUAACAUGCAUAUUUGAUGCUAUACUGGUUGGUCAACUUGAUUUAAGUAGCACCCCGUGGCCCUCCAUAUCUGAAAGUGCAAAGGAUCUCAUCAGAAAAAUGUUGAAUAGAGACCCCCGGAAUCGUAUUACUGCAGUACAGGCUUUAGAACAUCCAUGGCUCAAGGAAGGUGGUGCACCUGACAGACCUAUCGAUAGUGCAGUCCUGUCAAGAAUGAAGCAAUUCAAGGCAAUGAACAAGCUAAAGCAACUAGCACUAAAGGUAAUCGCGGAGAACCUAUCACCGGAGGAAAUCAAGGGAUUGAAGCAGAUGUUCAAUAACAUGGAUACCGACAAGAGUGGCACGAUUACAGUUGAGGAACUGAAGGAAGGAUUGACAAAACUAGGAGCGAAAAUUAGUGAAGCAGAGGUUCAGAAGCUUAUGGAAGCAGUUGAUGUAGACAAGAGUGGAAGCAUUGAUUAUGCAGAGUUCCUUACUGCCAUGAUGAAUAAACAUAAACUGGAAAAGGAGGAGGAUUUGCUCUGUGCAUUUCAACACUUUGACAAGGAUAAUAGCGGGUACAUAACAAGAGACGAACUGGAACAAGCCAUGGCAGAGUAUGGAAUGGGUGAUGAAGCAAGCAUUAAAGAAGUACUGGAUGAAGUUGAUAAAGAUAAGGAUGGGAGAAUCAACUAUGAAGAAUUUGUGGAAAUGAUGAGGAAAGGAAGCUAUACCUGAGGCAGCUCUCUGAUCUCUUGGUGGAUGAGGUUGUGUAUAUAUGUUUCAGCAAAUACUGCUAGUAUAAGCAACACUGCAAGUUUAA